UUACGAAUUUGAUUACGUUUAACGUAAUUUUUUUUUAAAGUUGCUACCCUAAAAUUUGAUUGUAAACAGCUGAUUGUGACGUUUGUUGAAGUUAUGGCUAAUUUAUUAAAAUCAUUAACCAUAAGAAAUGCGCAAAACAUUCGAUCGAUUUUUUUGUCAUCGGUGCGCUCAAUCAACCCCAAUUUGCACAAAGUGAACAAUUUCGAAAAGAAGAUGUUGGUGUGGACGAAAAAAUUUAAAACGGUUGAGGAAGUCCCUAAUUUACUCCCUUCUGAAAUGGUGGAUAAAGCAAGAAAUCGUAUCCGUAUCCGUGUAGCAAAUUAUAUGAUGGCCGCUACGUUAAUUGCUUGCGUUGUAGUUGCAUUUUCGGGGCGAAGACUCAGGGAUCAAGGUGAUAGCUUAACAAAAAGAAAUCUCGAGUGGCAUGCAAAAAUGAACGAAGAAUUUAAGAAGAGGGAAGAGGAGGAACUGAAAAGACAACAACAGAAUAAUUAAUAAAAUAAAUUUUAACCUUUUUCCUUUGAUUAUUUAGCCCAUUUCUAAAAGAAAUGAAUAAAGAUUUAAUUUAAA